GUGCUCGCUGCGGUCCACUGCUCGUGCCUAGGUCCUCUCUUAUGCCUCUGGCUCGUGUGUUCUCUCUUAUCCCCGACCACCUCAAUCUUUCUAGGGCUAUCACACCUCUGCACUCUCUCUCUAGAGCUGUCACACCCCUGCACUCUCUCUAUGCACUAGGGCUCUCCUCUCUCUCCUGUGUUCUCUCGCAUCCCCGAUCGCCUCAAUCUUUCUAGGGUUCUCACACCUCUGCACUCUCUCUCUAAAGCUCUUACACCCCUGCACUCUCUCUCUGCACUAGGGCUCUCAUACCUCUGUACUCUCUCUAGAUAGAGCUCACACCCCUGCGCGCUUUCUCUGCAAAUCCCUCUACUCCAAUUUGGGUUGUAGCCCUCAUUUGAACCAACUCUCGUAUGAUCAUGUCCUCACUCUUCAAGCCCUUGAAGCUAUUUCAGGAAUGCACAGUAAUUCUUACUCAAGUAGCUAUUCCUUCUUAAGGAUGCAACUUGGAGCAUUAUUGUGGUAUGCUAUUGUUAGAAGGCACUGCUUUCUCUUCCAGCAGUUUAGCAGUGGAAUUCAGAACUUGGGGGUAAGAACCAAGUUGCUUUGAACCUAUGUUUGUUCACAGGAUUGCCUUGUGAAUACCAACAGGAACUGGAAAUCUUGCCGACCAGAGCUUGAGAUUGUCGCCUCAAGAAAAGUUUCUACCUAGAAUCCAUGUCUAAGACGAAUAAUUGGUAGGGGGACUUAACCUGGACGAACACAAACUCUUUCAUGGGGUGAAGAGCUGAUCGUUAGAAUCAAAUGAGGAGCGAUGGUCUCUCACAUUCUUGUGCCUUUUCUCUCUCAUUCGUGAACCAAAAACAUUUGUUGGUUAGGAGGAGGUUGGUAGUUAGGGCAUCAUCGGAUUUUGCGAUACAAGGUCGAGACCUGAGCUUCUCUGUGACGACGCUUCAAGGCAAAGUCGUGCCUGUGCUCAAUCGUUGCUCCAUCACCAUCCCUGAAGGCCAGCUAUGGAUGCUUCUCGGUCCCAAUGGGUGUGGCAAGUCCACCCUUCUCAAGGUCCUGGCAGGCCUCCUAAUUCCAACUGAUGGAGCUGUGCACAUUAAGAGACCCAAGAGUUAUGUUUUCCAAAAUCCAGAUCAUCAGGUGGUAAUGCCUACGGUAGAAGCAGAUGUGGCUUUUGGGCUUGGUAAGUUGAAUUUGACUGUUGAUGAAGUGAGAUCCCGAGUUAUGAAAUCAUUAGAAGCUGUUGGCAUGCUACAAUAUUUGCUGAGGCCAAUCCAAACUCUUAGUGGUGGUCAGAAGCAAAGGGUUGCUAUUGCAGGCGCUUUGGCUGAAUCAAGCAGAGUAUUGCUUCUAGAUGAGCUUACCACAUUUCUGGAUGAAAAUGAUCAGAUGGGUGUGAUAAAGGCUGUUAGGAACACUAUUGGUGGUCUUGAGAAGGUCACAGCUUUGUGGGUCACCCAUCGCUUGGAAGAACUGGAUUAUGCAGAUGGAGCUGUCUACAUGGAUGAUGGCAAGGUUGUCAUGCAUGGCAAUGUUUCAGACAUAAAAAAUUACAUAAAAGAGCAGCAAGUUGCUUAUGCUAAGAAAAAAAACAGAAAAAAUCUAUAAUCAUCUUAUUUAUGAACCUUUACUGAAUUGCUUUUUUGGAAUUGUUGAUCAUGGAGCUUUAGGGCCCGAGAUUUCUGUGGGAUUCUUGAAUACUCAUUUUAAGCUUAAAUUUUGGAAA